CUCGCAAGAGUAGUUGGCAUGUUGAAAAAUUUGCAUUUAUUUUACAUCUUUUGAAAUUUGGUUACAGUGCUAACAGGUUUUUCUUCGAGGACAGCUUUAGUUGUCUCUAGCCUGUGCUUGGUUGUGGUAGUACGGUGUCUGAGGACGAGCUAUACAUUACAUUUGAUGAGGUACAUUCUACAAACAGUAACACUGUGACUGACAAUGGAUAAGAAACCUUUUCUUUGGCUGAGCAUCCUGAUGGUGGUUACAGGAGUACAAGGAAACUGCACAGACAGUGAAUUCCAGUGUGCGAAUGGACAGCAGUGCAUGCCUGCUUGGUUUUACUGCAAUGGAGAGGCUGACUGCAUUGAUCGCAGCGACGAACCUCUGAACUGUCAGUGCCACCCAGACCAGAAACGUUGUAAUAAUGGGAGCUGCAUGGCAGUAAAGUUCUUCUGUGAUGGAGUCAAUGACUGUGGCGAUUAUUCGGAUGAGACUAGCUGCAACUGCACAGAUGGGUAUUUUUAUUGCAGCAAUGGACCAUGCAUUCCACAAUCCUUCGUCUGUGAUGGGGACUCAGACUGUGAAGAUCAGACCGAUGAGCAGAACUGCCAGUGUAGCCCUGGCCAACAGAGCUGUCAGAACGGGAACUGUGUGGAAAAUGAGUUCGUCUGUGAUGGAGUUGAUGACUGUGGGGAUUACUCUGAUGAGAGCAUUUGCAGCUGCACAGAUGGAUACUUUCAUUGCAACAAUGGACCAUGCAUUCCAGUUUCCUUCCUCUGUGAUGGGGAUUCAGACUGUGAGGAUCAGAGUGAUGAGAAGAACUGCCAGUGUGGGCCUGACCAACAGCGCUGUCAGAAUGGGAACUGGGUGCAAAAUGAGUUCCUGUGUGAUGGAGGUGAUGACUGUGGGGACUACUCCGAUGAGACCAACUGCAGCUGCACAGAUGGUUACUUUCAUUGUAGCAAUGGCCCAUGCAUUCCACUUUCCUUCCUCUGUGAUGGGAAUUCAGACUGUGAGGAGCACAGUGAUGAGAAGAACUGCCAGUGCGGCCUUGACCAACAGCGCUGUCAGAAUGGGAAUUGUGUGCAAAAUGAGUUCCUGUGUGAUGGAGCGGAUGAUUGCGGGGACUACUCUGAUGAGAUAAACUGCAGCUGCACAGAUGGGUACUUUCAUUGCAGCAAUGGACCAUGCAUUCCACGCUCAUUCGUCUGUGAUGAGGAUUCGGACUGUGUGGAUCAGAGCGAUGAGAAGAACUGCCAGUGUGGGCCUGACCAACACCGCUGUCAGAAUGGGAACUGUGUGCAACAUGAGUUCUUGUGUGAUGGAGCCGACGAUUGUGGGGACUACUCUGAUGAAACAAACUGCAGCUGCACAGAUGGGUAUUUUCAUUGCAGCAAUGGACCAUGCAUUCCACAAUCAUUCGUCUGUGAUGGGGAUUUGGACAGUGUGGAUCAGAGCGAUGAGAAGAACUGCCAGUGCGGCCUUGACCAACAGCGCUGUCAGAAUGGGAAUUGUGUGCAAAAUGAGUUCCUGUGUGAUGGAGCGGAUGAUUGCGGGGACUACUCUGAUGAGACAAACUGCAGCUGCACAGAUGGUUACUUUCAUUGCAGCAAUGGACCAUGCAUUCCACUUUCCUUCCUCUGUGAUGAGGAUUCGGACUGUGUGGAUCAGAGCGAUGAGAAGAACUGCCAGUGUGGGCCUGACCAACACCGCUUUCAGAAUGGGAACUGUGUGCAACAUGAGUUCUUGUGUGAUGGAGCCGACGAUUGUGGGGACUACUCUGAUGAAACAAACUGCAGCUGCACAGAUGGGUAUUUUCAUUGCAGCAAUGGGCCAUGCAUUCCACGUUCAUUCGUCUGUGAUGGGGAUUUGGACUGUGUGGAUCAGAGCGAUGAGAAGAACUGCCAGUGCGGCCUUGACCAACAGCGCUGUCAGAAUGGGAAUUGUGUGCAAAAUGAGUUCCUGUGUGAUGGAGCGGAUGAUUGCGGGGACUACUCUGAUGAGACAAACUGCAGCUGCACAGAUGGUUACUUUCGUUGCAGCAAUGGACCAUGCAUUCCACUUUCCUUCCUCUGUGAUGAGGAUUCGGACUGUGUGGAUCAGAGCGAUGAGAAGAACUGCCAGUGUGGGCCUGACCAACACCGCUGUCAGAAUGGGAACUGUGUGCAACAUGAGUUCUUGUGUGAUGGAGCCGACGAUUGUGGGGACUACUCUGAUGAAACAAACUGCAGCUGCACAGAUGGGUAUUUUCAUUGCAGCAAUGGAACAUGCAUUCCACGUUCAUUCGUCUGUGAUGGGGAUUUGGACUGUGUGGAUCAGAGCGAUGAGAAGAACUGCCAGUGCGGCCUUGACCAACAGCGCUGUCAGAAUGGGAAUUGUGUGCAAAAUGAGUUCCUGUGUGAUGGAGCGGAUGAUUGCGGGGACUACUCUGAUGAGACAAACUGCAGCUGCACAGAUGGGUAUUUUCAUUGCAGCAAUGGACCAUGCAUUCCACGUUCAUUCGUCUGUGAUGGGGAUUUGGACUGUGUGGAUCAGAGCGAUGAGAAGAACUGCCAUUGCGGCCUUGACCAACAGCGCUGUCAGAAUGGGAAUUGUGUGCAAAAUGAGUUCCUGUGUGAUGGAGCGGAUGAUUGCGGGGACUACUCUGAUGAGACAAACUGCAGCUGCACAGAUGGUUACUUUCGUUGCAGCAAUGGACCAUGCAUUCCACUUUCCUUCCUCUGUGAUGAGGAUUCGGACUGUGUGGAUCAGAGCGAUGAGAAGAACUGCCAGUGUGGGCCUGACCAACACCGCUGUCAGAAUGGGAACUGUGUGCAACAUGAGUUCUUGUGUGAUGGAGCCGACGAUUGUGGGGACUACUCUGAUGAAACAAACUGCAGCUGCACAGAUGGGUAUUUUCAUUGCAGCAAUGGAACAUGCAUUCCACGUUCAUUCGUCUGUGAUGGGGAUUUGGACUGUGUGGAUCAGAGCGAUGAGAAGAACUGCCAGUGCGGCCUUGACCAACAGCGCUGUCAGAAUGGGAAUUGUGUGCAAAAUGAGUUCCUGUGUGAUGGAGCGGAUGAUUGCGGGGACUACUCUGAUGAGACAAACUGCAGCUGCACAGAUGGGUAUUUUCAUUGCAGCAAUGGACCAUGCAUUCCACGUUCAUUCGUCUGUGAUGGGGAUUUGGACUGUGUGGAUCAGAGCGAUGAGAAGAACUGCCAUUGCGGCCUUGACCAACAGCGCUGUCAGAAUGGGAAUUGUGUGCAAAAUGAGUUCCUGUGUGAUGGAGCGGAUGAUUGCGGGGACUACUCUGAUGAGACAAACUGCAGCUGCACAGAUGGUUACUUUCGUUGCAGCAAUGGACCAUGCAUUCCACUUUCCUUCCUCUGUGAUGAGGAUUCGGACUGUGUGGAUCAGAGCGAUGAGAAGAACUGCCAGUGUGGGCCUGACCAACACCGCUGUCAGAAUGGGAACUGUGUGCAACAUGAGUUCUUGUGUGAUGGAGCCGACGAUUGUGGGGACUACUCUGAUGAAACAAACUGCAGCUGCACAGAUGGGUAUUUUCAUUGCAUCAAUGGACCAUGCAUUCCACGUUCAUUCGUCUGUGACGGGAAUUCGGACUGCAUAGAUCAGAGCGAUGAGAAGAACUGCCAGUGUGGGCCUGACCAACAGCGCUGUCAGAAUGGGAACUGUGUGCAAAUUGAGUUCUUGUGUGAUGGAACCGACGAUUGUGGGGACUACUCUGAUGAAACAAACUGCAGCUGCACAGAUGGGUAUUUUCAUUGCAGCAAUGGGCCAUGCAUUCCACGUUCAUUCGUCUGUGAUGGGGAUUCGGACUGUGUGGAUCAGAGUGAUGAGAAGAACUGCAAGUGUAGUCCUGACCUACAGCACUGUGACAAAUGCACAGACUCAGUAUUCAAGUGUUCAAAUGGUUGGCAGUGUAUUCCUGGACAUUUCUACUGCGACGGAGAGCCCGACUGUGCAGACUCGAGUGAUGAGAAUGCAGACUGCCAUUGCCACCCAGACCAAUUCCGCUGUGGAAAUGGAACCUGCUUGGGAAUAACAAAUGUGUGUGAUGGAGUCAAUGAUUGUGGCGACUAUACGGAUGAGAGAAACUGCAGUUGCUCUCCAAAACAGUACACAUGCAGUAACAGCACCACGGAGUGUCUGGACUUAAUCUAUGUUUGUGAUGGAGAAGUUGACUGUAGUUAUGGAUCGGAUGAAAGCGACUGUGAUCGAGAGUGUGCUGCAAGUGAGUUCCGCUGUGAUGAUAAGAAGAACUGCAUUCGUGGAAACCUGUACUGCAAUGGGGAAUUCGACUGUGCAGACCAGAGUGAUGAGAAGCCAAACUGUCAGUGCCACCCUGACCAACUUCGUUGUGGAAACGGAACCUGCGUAGCAAAUGAGAGCUUCUGUGAUGGAAUCAAUGACUGUGGGGACUUCUUUGAUGAGAGCAACUGCACUUGUACUCAAAAUGAGUUCACAUGCAAAAACAGCAGGGAAUGUGUGAGUAGUAUGGAUGUCUGUGAUGGGAUCACAGAUUGCAGUGAUGGAUCGGACGAAAUCAACUGUAGCCAAGCCAUAUACAGAUUUACAGCUCAAGCCAUGGUCAAUAACACUAUGAAUGUUGAAGAUUUAGAAAAGGAGCUACAAGAUUAUUUGAAACGAACAUUAGUAAACAAAAAUGUUAUGAUACGCAUCACAAUACUGAAUUAAUCAUAAUAGUAAUACAUUAAGAUAAUAAAUUAACAAUGAUACAAGAAA